CUUUAUAUAUUGUUUUAUUAAUUGAUAUUAUCAUGUUAUACCUUUUGAGACGAACCGAAUCUGGACGUUAUGCUUCUAAUCAAGAAGAACAUUAUCCGAGUCAAUUACCUUCUACUCGCAGAGAAGAUUCCUUUUCAGAGUUAUCUGUUCCGGAUUCGCCACCUCCACCUUAUCCAGGUAUUGUGGGAAUAUCAGAUUCGUUUACAACAGCUCCAGAAGAUAUUUAA